GCCGGCAGACCGCAGAUGACAGAGGAGGCGGAGAAUGAUGUGGGCACGGUGGGCGGUGCCGCCAGCGUCAACCCGACCACCUCCACGCUGGCGUCUCUCCUCAGGAACUACACAUAUAUCGACAGCCAGCUGUCGCCGCCGUCCUGCCCGGACGCCGCCGACUUCCAGUGUCUGGACUCAGGCGAGUGCGUGCCCUCGCUCGCGCGCUGCAACAUGCUGCUGGAGUGCUCGGACGGCAGCGACGAGGAUGAGUGCUCCUGCGCUGACCGGCUGCGCGCCCAGUUCCUCGAGAGGAAGGUUUGCGACGGCAUCGUCGAUUGCCACGACAGCUCGGACGAACAGUUCUGCGACUGGUGCGGACCGGGCAAGUUCAUCUGCCCGGGCGCCAAGAAGUGCGUCGACACCAGCGCCAUCUGCGACGGCCAGCUUGACUGCGCCGACGGCGCCGACGAGCGCCAGUGCGUGACGCUGUCCACUGCCAGGAGCGCUGCCGGCCAGGCACGCUACCAGCCGGCCGGUUACCUGAUGGUGCGGCAGCGGGGCCACUGGGGGCCGCUCUGCGUCGACGACUUCGACGCGCUGGUGCGGCGGACUCGUACCGCCUGGAGUGUCCGCGAGCUGGGCAGCGCCGUCUGCACCGCCCUCACGUACAGGGAUGCCACGCACGUGUUCCGCACCGAGUCGGAGCCCUCCGUCGAGCAGGACCAGCCGGAGCCCUUCUACAAGCUCGUGCUCUCCCCAGACGGGCCACGCAGCGACACAGAAAACAGCACCAGCCUGGUGUUCGAGGAGGCCAGCUGCCCGCGCCGCACGGCGGUGCACAUCUCGUGCGGGGACCUGCAGUGCGGCCUGCGGCCUCGCGCCCAGCAGCAGCGCGCCAGGAUCGUCGGCGGCACCAACACGAGCCCGGGCGCGUGGCCGUGGCAGGCGGCCAUGUACCGCGAGGGCGAGUACCAGUGCGGCGCCACGCUCAUCUCCGACCGCUGGCUGCUCUCCGCCGGACACUGCUUCCUCAGGUCGACCAACAGUCACUGGGUGGCGCGACUGGGGGCGUACCGGCGUGGCAGUACGCUGCUCUCGCCGUACGAGUCGCUCCACAUCGUCUCCCACAUCGUCGUACACCCCGAGUACCAGGACAUCGGCUACGUCAACGACAUCGCGCUGCUGAAGCUGGAGGACACCGCCAGGAUGAGCGACUUCGUGCGCCCCGUCUGCCUGCCGCCGGCCGGUGCUGACGUCACCGAGGGCGCGCUCUGCUCCGUCAUCGGCUGGGGACAGCUGUUCGAGGCCGGCAGAAUUUUCCCGGACACCCUGCAGGAGGUGGAGCUGCCUCUGAUCUCAACGCAGCAAUGUAAGAAGCGCACCGCGUUCCUGCCGCUGUACCGCAUCACCGACAACAUGUUCUGCGCCGGGUUCGACCGAGGCGGCCGGGACGCCUGCCUGGGAGACAGUGGCGGCCCACUCAUGUGUCAGGAGACCUCCGGCGAGUGGACUCUGACCGGCAUCACCAGCAACGGCUACGGCUGCGCGCGCGCCGCCCGGCCCGGCGUCUACACCAAGGUGGCCAACUACGUCAGCUGGAUUGAGGACGUCACGAUGGGCCCGCUACCGCGCAGACGCCGCACGCACUGCAGCGGGCGCAGGUGCCCGCUGGGCCGCUGUCUGACCGACGACAACGUCUGCGAUGGUGUCGUCCAUUGUGCGGACGGCAGCGACGAGCAGGACUGCUUGGCCGAAGACUAAGCUCACAGGAUGGUCGUCACCGGGCGGACGAGGGCCCCGGCGUCGGUGCGCUGGAGCGAGCCGCAGCC